AAAUCAUCCCAACUUCAUCCCUGCGAAUGCAACCCGUGAGAGAACAACAUUCAUGAAUCGCAGCCGCUCUCUCAGUCUCGUAAUUCAACAACAAGCGCGCUGCAUUCGCGCCACAAUUUUUCCUGGUUUUCCCACGUCUUCCAGCCAUCCGUUCGCCGUCUGGCAGAGUGUCCACCCUCACUGCUGCUGGCAGCGUUCGAACCGGCGCGGCGGUGCGGUGGAUGCCAUGCGGUCCAUAUGGUACGCUUCAGGCCGUCGCCAUCGUCUCCUACUAUACUCCGUUUACCUGCUUCCGUCGCAAAUUACAACCAGAUUUUCGUGUAUCAACAAAAGCUCGUGAAAAUUCGUACGAUGUCGGGCUGAGUUUGCGUUGUCCCAAGCGAACGACGACGACGACGACGACGGAAAGCGUGCGAGAGUGAACUGGAUGAGGACUUGUGUUCGGCCCUAUUGGAUCCUCAGUUUAUUUUCAGUUUCCGUCGGAGCGACUUUGCCAAGGCAGACGUUCUCUCGCUGGGUGUGCUUUAUACGGUUCUGCGUGUCUCGGGAUUUAAGUAGCUCGUUGUUCUCGAGUGAAGUGGUUUCACCUUUUGAUGCUGAGUAGAGCUGUUCUUCUUUACACAACGCAUCGAGCAUAAAAACACGGGAAUCAGCAGUUCGCGCGAAGUGUGUUUGACCGAGUUUUGCCAAAGCGUGUGGCGCUGAUUUCUUUCGGCGGUGGAAGAAAGGUGCGAGUUCAAGGUUAUCGCCGCCGAAUAUUCACCUGGGUGCAUGCUGGUUUGUUUUGGAAAGUGGCAAGAAUGUGCAUUAUCCGCUGGCGAGGUGAGAAAUGAGCCGUCGCUGUUAUACAUGCUGCUGAUUACGGCUCCUGGUGGGUGGUGCGCUCGUCAGAGGUGCGAAAAUUGAGAUUGGUGUGCGCUUCUCCGGCUGCAGAUUGGCGGUUGUCGAGUACUGGCCAGUAGAUAAGGAAAGUUUUGUGUUUGUGCAGAUGGUGGAAUCUAAUUGAAGCAAACAGUAAGUUUCCGUUCUACAUCGAAAUCAGUUCGGCUAAAUCGCUGAGGAGCGGUAUAUACAAUCUUAAUGAGUGUGUUGGUGUGCUUCAAAGUAAGCUCUAGCUAUCCUUCAUUGUGUCAACUUUUUUCCUAGCCAAACCGUAAAUCCGUAUGAGAAUUAUCGAUCAAGUUUCCGCUUUGCAUAAAGUGUCAUUCAAACAAGAACCGACGACGCUUUCCGUUGUUCUUACUACAAUCGUUGUGCUGCUUCCUCGCCGGAAUCGCCUCGGUGUCCUUACCUGGCGAACCCAAGUGUGAGUGUUCAUCGAUUCGGUGCACGUUGAGGCGUAACUCGUGCUGAACGCUGUAGUGGAUUGAAUUUUUAAUAAGGCAUUACAUUUCUGAAUAAUUAAACGGAUUUCCUCAGACCGUUUCUCUUCGAACUAGUGAACCAGCGUUACCCAUUACUGGUGCCCGUCAAGUUGGAAGCGCUAGUACGUAGCAACACUGUUCAUCAGAAGGAAACAUACAACAGUUGCAGUUGCUUCGAACCGCGGAGUUUCGACCGGCCAAUCAAACACAACGUAAUUGAAGCAAGCAGCAGCUGGCACAGACUAGCUGCCCUCCUGCCGGCAGUCAGACCGACCAGACGGCCAGAGCAAAGUUGAAAAACGAUGAAAGGCUAAAAAUAGUAAAAUAUUAUUGGAGAUUACAGAGAAGAAGGGCUCCGUUUUCCGAAGCGGCGCAGAAAUCGAAGAAGAAGAGUGAAAAGUUCAGUCCCACAUAGUGAGUUGAUUAAUUAGUGUUGGAUUAAUGAGUGCACAACCCGUUUCCCGUAGCAGCAGACUGGCGCAAGGUCAAUAGUUUGUGUACACAACGGUGGAAUAAAUAUCCAGUGAUAGCAAAAGUUCAUAUGAAUGUAUUUUUCUAAUCUCUUACACCGUAAAUUAUUAUCGCGCACCAAAAGUUUUUGAACCUAUUACAAAGUUAAUGUUUUAUAAUCAAUAUAUCAUACGUGUAGUGGAUCUUCUCAUAUGAAAUAUCAAAUAUCAGUAGUGGUUUGUGUGUACACGUUAGAAUAGUGGCAUUAUCAUCAAGCUAUUACUGAAGUGAAUUGAAGGAAGAAAGAAUUUCCGAAGAAUCAUAAAUUAUUAUCAACGUAGAGCCUGAAAGUAUAUCGCACCUCACCCAAACCAAACGCCUUAUCCGCCAUCUCAACAUAUCCUUAAUGCGACCAACAUAGAGCAACAGUGGGAAGAAUUUAGAGGCACCGAUAAAAAAUUACAAGUCACCUUGGUAGGAAAAAAGUAUAUAUAGCGUCGUACAUCGUAGUCCGAAAGGUAGCGUCAGCAUUAUCCAGAGCACGCACGAUAACUUCCAUGUGUAUUACUAUUUUCGGAUCAUAUCAAGCACGAUUUUAUUCAUUCUAAGAAAAAUAAAAACCCGCCCUUUGCGGACGGUAAGCGGUGCAAGCCGAACGUGUGAAUUUCCGGUCGGAAACAUACAAGCAACGACAACGUCGAAGCAAUGUCCCUCCAAAAUGAUGCCGACCCAGCUAGCAACUCGGGCUACGGUAGCUCCGAUGAAACCGCUUCAUUACUGUUAAUGUCAGCAAACAACAGCAGCAGCACAACGACAACUACGGGAUCAAGUAUCAUAUCAACCAUUAGCAAAUCUAGAAUGGCAUCCCAUAGCUCUUUCAAUGGACCAACAAAUCAACAGUCGACAACAAGUGCGACUAGCCCGGUAACAAUGCCGGCCCCCGGUGCCAACGCUGCCACUGGCGGAAAUAAUAGUAGUAAUACCAACAAGCCAAUUCUCAUACGGCAAGACCGAACAUCGACAUAUCUAGCUAGCCCCCAACUGUCGGCGACGGGGUUGGGCGGUUCGGAGGAAAGUGGACACGGAGAGGAUGAUCAACACAACGCACGCUCCGUUCCCGACAUCGAAAUGCACUGCCGACUCGAGACACCGGCGAUUGCUGUUUCUUCUACUUCGUGCGAUGGUCGGGGGACAGCAGCAACAGGUGGUAGUGGAUAUCAACUGGUACCCUACAACAGAUGUCGUGCCUGCCGCAAUUGUGAUAGACGUGCCUCCACUACGCCGGUGUCUUCGCUACAACUAACCCGUUCAGUUUCGAAAGAAAGCGUCCGAAGUGCACUCCACAGUCGACUGACGGUUCAGCACUCGACUAUCCCGCCGGUGUUGAUUACGUCGUCGCCCACAUCCGGGUCCAGAAUCAUCCGCCAAAGCUCCCAGCCCGAAGCCAGUUCGCAUAUCUGCUGUGGCAGCCAGUGUGCGCAUGUCUGUGCGCACCCGAGCUCCUCGCUGCGGCAGUUACGCGAACCUGGCGACGGCAUCGCUGGCAUAGCGGCGGAUUCCCUGCGAAUCAACGGCGGCAUGCGACAGUUCAAACAGCUCGUUGCACGUCGAAAGGAAAAGGAGAAAGAAAAGACUCUGUCGCAAAGUAGGAGAACGCGUCUGCGGAGGGCCUUCACCGAGGCUACGACUGAGACCGUCAAUUACGCUAGAACGCUCCGAAAGCCCGUUUCCACGCUGUCGAUUCCUGGAUCGAUGAAAACACCGUGCGCCGGUAAUCGGGAAACAGUAUCGGCUGCAUGUACAGAAGAAGCCGGUAUCGCGCUCGUGGGCGUACACUCAGAAUAUCCCAGGUACAUGGAGGAGCGAGGCCUGGGUGGCGGCGUCUGUAAAGGUCCCGGCUCGGUGCAAGGUGGUCCAGGUCAAAAGCACAAACCCAAUGUCGGAUACCGGCUCGGGCGGCGGAAAGCGCUGUUCGAGAAGCGAAAACGAAUCAGUGAUUACGCCCUCGUCAUGGGUAUGUUCGGAAUUAUUGUGAUGGUGAUAGAAAACGAAUUAAGUAGCGCUGGUGUAUAUACUAAGGCAUCUUUUUAUUCAACUGCUUUAAAAACGUUAAUAUCCGUAUCGACUGUGAUUUUACUCGGGCUCAUAGUAGCCUACCACGCCUUGGAAGUUCAGCUUUUUAUGAUAGAUAAUUGUGCAGAUGACUGGCGAAUAGCGAUGACCUGGCAGCGAAUGAGCCAAAUAGCUUUAGAAUUACUCAUCUGCGCGGUGCAUCCCAUUCCAGGUCAAUAUUAUUUUCUAUGGACAACCAAACUAGCGAAUAAGAACAAAGCCAUGGGAUCGGAGUAUGUUCCCUACGAUGUCGCGUUAUCUUUGCCAAUGUUCCUUCGUUUGUACCUGAUAUGUCGUGUGAUGCUGUUACAUUCGAAACUAUUUACUGAUGCCUCAUCACGUAGUAUAGGUGCACUGAAUCGUAUCAAUUUCAACACACGGUUCGUGCUGAAAACACUAAUGACAAUAUGCCCGGGAACGGUCCUUCUAGUAUUCAUGGUUUCAUUAUGGAUAAUAGCAUCAUGGACGCUUCGACAGUGCGAGAGGUUUCAUGAUGAAGAACAUGCCAAUCUCUUGAACGCCAUGUGGUUAAUCGCCAUAACCUUUCUAAGCGUUGGCUUCGGCGAUAUCGUACCGAAUACGUACUGUGGUCGAGGCAUUGCAGUCAGUACGGGUAUUAUGGGCGCUGGCUGUACGGCACUACUGGUGGCAGUCGUAUCGCGAAAGCUAGAGUUAACACGAGCGGAAAAGCAUGUACACAACUUCAUGAUGGAUACUCAGCUGACGAAGAGGCUGAAAAAUGCAGCAGCAAACGUUCUGCGUGAAACCUGGCUAAUAUACAAACACACCCGGCUGGUGAAGCGCGUCAAUCCGGGCCGAGUGCGGACACAUCAGAGGAAGUUCCUGUUGGCAAUCUACGCGUUACGAAAGGUGAAAAUGGACCAACGAAAACUAAUGGACAACGCCAACACGAUAACAGAUAUGGCAAAGACACAAAACACUGUCUACGAAAUCGUUUCGGAUAUGUCUACAAGGCAAGACUCACUGGAAGAGCGCAUAACUAGUCUAGAGGAUAAGUUGCAAUCCAUUCAAACACAAAUCGAAAAUCUUCCGGAAGUACUGAGCCGUUGUCUAACCCAACAUCAAGAGCGCAUAGAUCAAAGAAGGAAUUUCCUCCACCCUGAUGCGGCAGUAACCGGGUCAUCGUCCGGAUUGCCAACGCCAGCACCUCCUCUCGGUUCGCCGAUGAUGCUGCCGCAUUCCAGUUUCUCUUUUAGGAGUGUCCCAUCGUCGUCGACGCCGGCCUAUCCCUGGCCCGCAAGUCCAAUACUCCCGCCAAUCUCCAGUAGAACGCCACACCUGGUCCCGGAAACUCUCACUCCCGCACCGGCGACGACGGCUCCAUCGACCCUGUCGAAUUCGAUCACCUACCCGAGUGGGUACCAAUCGGCCAGCAACCAGUCCUCGGCGACCGGGGACACGCAAACGCUUACCUAUAGGGGAACUAGCUGAAUCGAAACCAGUAGCUCAAACUCUAUCUCCCUGAUUUCAUUCUCCAACAACUCCCACGGCAACAACCACCAGCACCACAACUCCAACCCGAACACCCCCACCCCGACCAGUAGUAGUAGCAAAUUCACCAAACAGCGGGAACGGGCAACGCGUUUCUAGUCUCUAGCGGUACCCCUCCGCACCACAUACUGACCUGUGGCCAACUGACUCCCCGAUCGGGAAAGUAUUAGGCUAGAAGGGUGAAAAAAACGGGAAGAAAUGCAGGGAAUUAUGGGCACCCGUGCGGGUCAUGUGAGAGGGGUGACCGAAAGUGCAUGCGAUCUGUUAGGUAUACCAGGGGUGGGCAACGGAGUUGUUCCAUGGAAAUUAAUGGAAUGGAAGGGAAGUGGUUGACAUUUUUAAUAUUUUGAUAAACACAUGGUUUUGUAUUUAUUAAGCUGACAUUUUAUAACUUGAAAUCAAUCUUAAUCAUCAUUGUUUAUUAAUUCAUUCAUGAGUAUUAAGUUUCAACAUUUGCUUUAAUAUUUGGAGACUUCAAUUCACAUUCGAUUUUUCUUAGGAUAUACAUACUUUAUUCACGGUGUUUUUUUUUUUACAGAAAGAGGAAAUCUGCUGAUUAAAUUCCAGAGAAGUGGGUCCUCGGAUUAUGUGGGUUUCGACUCACGACAACCUCUUUUGGUCCUGGCUAGUACUUAGGUCCUGGCUAGUACUUAGGCUAUACCCGUUGGACUCAAGCUCCUAGAUGGGGAGGGGGGCCAACUCAACUUGCUGUUGUUCGGCCCACAAUUUUCUCUGUCGUUCAAGUGUUAAAGCCAACGGUUCUCUGUCGAGAUACCGUGGAAGAAACGGAAUCCCACUCGGCCGCUCCAUACACAUUAUAGCAAUGUUGUCAAGAGUGAUAUUUCUACCGCAAAUCUCCACGAAUCGUGGGCAUUCAAAAAGCACAUGCUCCGCGGUCUCGUCGCAGUCUGCACAUUCCGGAAAUGCGGAAGAGCCUGGGUGUCCGAAUCUGUGCAAAUACUGCCUUAAGCACUAAUAACCGGACAGGAAUUGUGUCAAGUGAAAGUUCACCUCGCCAUGGGGCCUGCUCGUCCAUUUAGACACGCUCGGUAUGACCCUGUGUGUCCAUCUACCCUUGCUGGAGGAAUCUCAUUCCCUCUGUCACUUCAACAUAUGUAAACAAUGUGCUGGCGAUCCGUCUCGUGCCUUUAUUUAUUUAUUAUUUAUUCUUUAUUCGCUUCAUCUGACUCAUGUCUUAAUGAAGGUGGUGGGGAAAAGCCUCCUGGAGUUGGCCAUGAAAAGUGAUUGCCAGUCUCCAAAAGGCAUAAAAGGCAUCUUUUCGACAAACAUUACAGAGAUUGACUUACAAGGAUCUACAUUAUAAUACAAACAAUUUCAUACUAUUAAAACAUUACAAACAACAGGUCACUCAAGCAGUUACUGAAAAUAAAAAAAAACAUGUAUGUAGAUAAGCUUUUUACGUUAACAUAUUUGGACAGAUUCUCGCCUGUAUUCAAAUUCGCUGCAUCCAAUGUCGAAUAAUGCUAUCACAGCUCACGAUGCCUCCGCUGCUGAACCUUUCGCUGGAAUGCCUGAGCAGACAGAUUGAAGUCGAACAAAUCGAAUACUUCAUUGAAUGCAGUUGUUACGGCACUAAUCGGACUAUGUUGGCCAUAAACUGUGUUGCUGCCUUCGGUCGUCAGGAAGUUACGCUGUCGUAGAGUCCGUUCGGGUGCGUAGAUGUUCAGUCGCGAUAAAAUCUCAGUUGAAUCGAUUUCUCCCAGCAGAAUUUUCGCAGCAAAUCCGGCUCGUUGAGCAAACCUCCGGCUGGCCAGGGUAUCAAUACCAAGAAGGCGGCACCGCUGCUCGUACGGUGACAGGUUUACAGGAUCACGCCAAGGCAAGGAACGCAGAGCACGUCUUACAAAUUUUCUUUGAACUGCCUCCAUUCUGUUGAUCCAAAUUGUCUGAUAUGGGCACCAAACGACAACAUUAGACUCCAGCAAUGAUCUCACAAGGGUGCAAUACAGUGAACGUAGGCACACCGGAUCCUUGAACUCGUCACAGAUUUUAAAUAUGAACCCCAGUUGUCGAUUCGCUUUCGAAAUCACAUCUUCAAAGUGGAUCCGAAAGGUGAAGCCUGGGUCCAAUAUAACACCCAAAUCGCGUACGUGAUUAACGCGCUCUAAUUUCAAAUUAUCUAUGGUGUAAUCGUAGAUUAUCGGCUUGAGUUUUCGAUGAAAAGAUAUCACAUUGCAUUUCUUAAUGCUCAAGGUAAGCAUGUUGAUAGAGCUCCAGUUAACAAAGGUGUUGACUAAAUGCUGUAACCUUAGACAAUCAUGUAAACUUCUGAUGGUCAUAUAGUGUUUUAAAUCGUCGGCAAAGAAAAGCUUACAUCCAGGAGGUAACAGACGAGACAGAUCAUUGAUGAAAAGUGAAAACAGCAGCGACCCGAGAUUGCUUCCUUGUGGUACGCCAGAUAAAUUAGUAAAUAUAGUUGAAGUUUCCGAGCCAAUCACCACACAAAGUUUCCGGUUCGACAAAUACGAUCUCAACCAAGAAAUAGAGUCUAAAGACAUGCCAAGAAGCUCUAGCCGCUUCAACAGUAUGCUGUGGUCCACUCGAUCGAACGCAGAUUUAAAAUCAGUAUAUAUCACAUCAGUUUGAUGACCAUCUUCCGUCGUCCGUAUACAGUGUGAAGCGAAAUUGACAAGAUUCGUCGCUACAGAUCUAUUAGGAUAGAAUCCGUGCUGGCAGGUACAUAUGUAAUAUUUACAUGCAGAAAACAGCAUAUCUUUGACGACGAUUUCGAAAACUUUCGAGCUGGCACAUAAUGAUGUGAUUCCGCGGUAGUUCUCAAUACACCUUUUAUCUCCUUUCUUAUACACGGGAAACAUAAUGGAGAGCUUCCAGUUAGACGGAAACCGACAUUGCUGAAGAGACAUGUUGAAGAGCGAGGCUAAUACGGGGCUUAAAGCAUUGCAGCAUCUUUUCAGUACACAAGCUGGAAUGCCAUCGGGGCUAGCGGCAGUGGAGUAUUUCAUUUUGUUGAUCGCAGAAGCAACUUGCUGGCUAGUUAUGUUUUUGACUGAAAGCUCACACACAUUAAGGGGAGUAUCUCUACAUGCGAUUUCGAUCUGAGAAUCAGUAGCUGUUUUGUCGUUGAAUGCCCCCUGGAAGAGACUAGCGAAGAGAUUGCAUUUUUCCGAAGCAGAAGACGCAUACGAUGAUCCCAGGAACAUUUCUGUGGGCAAGCCUGUCUCGUUGCGUUUUGAUUUUACAAAAUUCCAAAAUUGUUUUGGGUUUCUGCUUAAGUUACUUUGCAGUCGCCUUGUGUAACGUUUAUAGAGAAACCUAUUAUACAGACGAUAUUCGUUGCUUGCUCUUGUUAGGGUCUGUUUGGUCACUACACAGCGAGAUCUACAGUAAUAUCGAAGGGCCUUUGACCUUUUACGUUUCAAGUUUUUCAGGCGAAAAUUACCCCACGGAGGUUUUGAAGCUGGUCUGCGCAAGGGAACAUAAUCAGGCAAUAUGGUUUCGAUCAUUCGUGUGUAACUAUCUACUGCAUCAUCGAUGUUAUCUGUCGCAAACAGAACUCGCCAAUCACAUCGAAGAAGUUGUUCGCUCAGUCCGUCAAAAUCAGCUCUGUGAAAGUCAAACUCGGGUUGAUGCGAGAUAUCGUCAAACUCUAGGAGCCUGGGUAGAUAUGCGUGAAGCUCCAGAGCAGGAUGAUUUUCAUCCAGAGCGCAAAGAGGAUCAUGUGCCUCAUAAAGUGAACAGUUUCCGAUGGCAGCAUCGUUCACGAGAACUAAAUCUAAGAGUCGUCGAUUCUGAUUGUAAACGUGAUUGAUUUGUGUCAAUCCGUGAAGGUUAAAUCCGUCAAGAAGGCUGCUGCAUGCAAUAGACAUAGUAGAUCGCAUGGCAUCCACAGUUGGGCAUGCCCGGGACGUUGUGUUCCAGAUUAAAUCUGACUGGUUGUAGUCGCCAAACAGGUAAGCGAGAUCGUUUUCUCUCAAAUUGGAAAAAACAGACUCCAGUGACUCAACAUGGUUAUUAAUGCUUGUUAGGUCGGUCUUCCGGUCGGGGGGAAGGUAUAUAACUCCGAUGCUGAUUCGAAGGCCAGACAAAUUUAGUCUCACCCAUAUUUGCUCCAAAGAAUAAUGCACAGAAGAAGGAUCGAUGCUACUGCUUAUUCUUGUUGAUACAGCGAUAAGCACGCCGCCACCACGUGACUUACGGCUGUUACGACGAUUUCUAUCGUUUCUGAAUACGGUGUAGGAGCUCCCGAAAAGCUGAGGGGACAGAAUUUGAUCGUUGAGCCACGUCUCAGUAAGCACUAUAACGUCAUAACAGCAUGCCGAUACUGCAAGAAAAAAGUUGUCUAUCUUUGUGCGAAGUCCACGAACAUUCUGAUAGUAGAAGGAUAACUUGUGCUGGGUAUCUAUUUCGCCGUUAGGGUUGUCCACUAGACAAUCUACGUUCGCUACAGCAGGGCCGGAAAGGCAGCCAUCGGGCUCGGACGGGGGUUGAACUACGUAUCGUGUGAUGGAGGAUGUAGGCUGUAAAACCGAUCGUCUAUUAGGGAGAGCAGCAUCCAUCCUGGCUUCGGCGCGACAUAUACGUUCAUUAAGUUUACCUGAACAAGCAGGAUUGUCCACCAGACAAUCUUCAUCAGCUACAGUAGGUCCGGGAAGAAAUCCAUCGGGCUCGGACGGGCGGCGAACUGAACAAGCAGGAUUGUCCACCAGAUAAUCGUCAGUUGGUCCGGGAAAAGAUCCAUCGGGCUCCGACGGGGGGCGAACUACGUAUCGUGUGAUAGGGGAUGUGGGCUGCAAAACCGAUCGUCUAUUAGGGAGAGCAGCAUCCAUCCUGGCUUCGGCGCGACAUAUACAUUCAUUAAGUUUACCUGAACCAGCAGGAUUGUCACCCAGACAAUCAACAUCAGCUACAGCAGGACCGGAGAGGGAAAUAUCGGGUUCGGACGAAGGGUGAACUGAACAAUCCACUCGACCAUCCGGAUUAUUCGAGAAGUGAGUCACCUGGAAUACGCUCGGAUUGCGACGUCGCUCGAAGCACUAUUCGUCCUCUGCCACCACUAGUGCUAUGGGCAUCACGCCCGCUAGCACACAUUCCGCGUCCUUUUCAGACCAUGCGGUAUACGAUGACGACCCUCAGGCACAUAAGCUCGACUCGCCAUAUACCACGAGGCAAAGCCUACCAGCUUUACGCCGUGUAGAAGUAAAUACGCCUUCAUAUGCCGCGCUCAAUACGCCUUCAUAUGCCGCGCUCCAUAGUACCGGGCACAGGAUGGAGCCCUGAGGUACCUUCGCGGUGAUGUUGUAGCUCCUCUCGCCUUUCUCGGUGUCAUAGAUUAGAACUUCUAUCCUGGAAGUAGUUCUCCAGUAUUCGGCAUAGGCUAACUGAUACUCCUAGAUGAUGUAUAACGCAUUCGAUGGCGGCUCAGCUGCCGCUGUUGAGCGCAUUCUUUACAUCCAGCGCGCCGCAGUGUGACGACCGCGCAAUAGCUUAUUCCCGUUUGCUUUGUUUGGGGAGCCAUCUCGGCCGUUUUGGUCACAGCCCUAAUAGCGUCCACUGUCGAUCGACCCUUCCGGAAGCCAAUCUGGUUAUCCGAGUGGUAAGGGUAAUCUGGUUUCUCGGUAUAGACCACCAGCCUCGCCAGAAUGAUGCUUUCCAACAGUUUCACGGCGGUGUCCAGAAGCCAGAUAGGUUUGUUAACGAGUUGCCAGUUGACUUCCCGGGUUUGGGCAGUAGAACCAAUCUUUGCAUUUUUCACCUCUCCUAAAGUUUGCCUCUAUCUAGGCACAUCUGCAUAUCCAUUCUGAACAUGUCAGGGCUGGCCUCGAUGGUCGUCUUGAUGGCUACUGUCGGGAUACCGUUCGAACCCGCUAUUGUAAUGAGUUCGUCGUUCGUCACCUGGGUGAUCUCGCUUUGGCCGGUUUGGCCAUAGGCGACGGGGGUCCAUCGUAUUGUAUCGUGGCGCGGGAACAACGUUUCCACGAUGUUCUGCAGUAUCUCGGGGAGCGUUCUAAAGGUGUUGGCUGACACGCCCUUCGUUUUGGCCAUGAAGCGGGCCCGCUUACGCGCCUUAAUCUUUUUGUUCAGUGCCAUUUUAGCCGCCCUAUAGGCCUCACUUCGCUCCAUUCUACCCUCAUUGGUGCGAGCUCUUUGGAUCCUCUUUCUAGCUCUUAGGCAGGAUAGGCGGAGCUCUGCGAUUUCUGGACACCACCAGUAUACCGGUUUGCGUCCAUUUCUGGGUGAGGAUUGCCUUGGCAGUGCGGCAUCACAUGCACGGCUUAGGGUUCCGGCUAGAUCAUCGGUGACGGUGUUACCCUCCUAAAGCAAUCGCUAUACAAAUGCCGGCUUAUCGAAGCGCGAGGUCAGCCAUCCCCGAUGACAGUGAUUCACGAUGUAAGAAAUUGUCAAAAUCUUGGAAUGGUUGUUGUCCAGUAUCCUCUUACUUAGGAACAUUGGCUGCCUCCUGGACGUUAAGUUGGAUAGAGCUGGGCGAAAGCCUGUCCGAAGCAUCCCCGUCCCGGUCUACUUCCAAAAGUCAAACAUGAAUCAGUCAAAGGUAUGUGAACCCAUCUAUCGCGUCAGUGGUUUCCUGCCCUGAUAUGAUCGGUUCUGCUUAAUACCAUGUAGGUACAUAUUUCAUUUUCGACACAUUAUCGGUCCGAUUUUUUGUUAAUAUUUGUUAAUGACGUCUGCAAAGCAGAUUCACCGGAUUUCGAGAAAAUCAUACCAUUUUGACAUUUCGUAUAUGAAAGCUUUAAGAACAAAGCGGCCUGAUUGCUUAUAUUUGUACAAUGCCUUUUCCAUAACUCAAAACCAUACAAAUUUAUCUUAAAAGCAAAAUCACUUCGAACCAUUCCACCAAUUGCCAUGGAACAACCCUUUUGGCGAAGCUCCGAAACGAAACAAUGCAAUGAUAUAGUGUACUGGUGACGAUAAUGAUAAUAAUACCUACCAAUGACGAUGCAGGUGUUGAUGACGAGAAUGAUAACGAAUGCUAAUUACACCCAUGUGAAAGAUGAUGAUGAUGAUGAUGCUAGCUAGUGCAACCGUAAGCGUGGAGCGUGAAUGGACGACGGGUGGUAUGCGCAUUGCAACGGUUGAAAAAAAGACUAUGUAGCGAUUAGUAAUUAAUUAAAGAUAAAUUAUAAUAAAAUUCGAUAACAGCCACAACAAGCCACACAGAAUGGGAGGGAGGGGGAGCAACCAGCUGUAAAUCAUAAAUAGUGCAAUCCAUCACAACUAGGAGAACGGGUGGCAAAUCGAUCUUCGUAAUGAGCAUCCGCUUGGAUCUCUCUGAGGUUACGUUAUGUGUAAGUAGGAUGAUGAUUAUAAGGCGAAAGAAUGUAAGAUUUCAAAAGUAGUUCAUUAGUUUGUGAGCCUAUUAUCUCUUAGUUUAGUACUGACGAAUUUAAAUUGAUACGUUUAAGGACAUAGGGGUAUUAAUCUUCGAAAUUAUGUAGGAAAUUCAAUUCAUUAUCAUUUUUCUCAGUAGAUACUUUAAGUAGCAAACAUAGGUUAAUAUUUUAUAAUAAAAAGUAACGAAAAAACUUUCAAAAAGUUUCCAAAAGACAGUAGUAGGUAUAACACGGAAAUGAACAUAUAACAUACGCAAAUGCCUAGGUUUAAUAGAAAAACAACACCGGAUUGUAGAGAAAAUCUGAUUGUCGAACACCGAAUCGCCAUUCAAACACGAACUUCCAACUGGUUCACAUUGCUGUCGUGUCCAAUCGUAUAGCGUUCUUAAACAUCCGUUAUGGUUUCUUUGCUUUAAGAGUUUUUUUGAACAAUGUCUAAAUUAUUUGUUUAGCUAGUUACUUCGAUGUAAACCCCUAAAAAGCGAAUAAAAAAAAUCAUGGAUUUAUGCAUAAAUAAAAUCUAUCAGGAAAAAGGUUAAAAAAUCAGAGGCUUAGGCAACACUGUAAGCUCAUGUGUUUCACACGUAAAGGUAUUGUGUUUUUAAUCGAUUUUUGGAUCCUUUGCUGUAUAGAGAGUAUUCAAUGACAAAUCUAAAAAGUAAUCUCCCACCAGAUCGAAAUAAGAAAGAAAGUGUAAACUUCAAAUUGCAAAGAUCUGCGCCUUUGAUGAACACGAUGUUUAGGAACAAAAUCUGUGCGAUUGAGCAAGACAUUCUCAUGAAAAAGUGUCUAAAUCUUAGCUGAGAUAAGACUGAAAUGAAAACAAACCUUUUUAUCUUCAUCAUGAAGAUAAACUUACUGGAUUUGAAGCAGCUUAUUCAAUCGUUGCUGCUUCUCCUCUUCAGACAACUCCCUCUAUCUUUCAACAAAUAACGAAUAGAUUCAACCUAACAGUUUCCUUGAAAUUCAUGUUGAUCUGUCUCAGAGUGUUUAUACUAUAUUGAAUAGGGAACAUGGUUAACCAUAUACUAAACCAAACCAUUACUGAUUUUCUUGAUCCCGAAUCAAAAGCAUCGAUCCAAACAUUAGCGAUUCAAAUUGUAAAAAAUAUAAAGAUAGUUUAGUCCAAAAAUACACCACAUGUAAUGUGAUAUUAACUAGUACAUUUUUAAUUGCGUGAAGAAUAUCAACACGAAAAGUUUUGUAGAAUUAUUAGACAAAUUGCUUCAGAAAUGAUUUAGACAGCUCCUCCAUAGUACAUGGGUCGAACAUUAAAUGAACAAUUGUCUUCACGGCUACCUAACACGUACGGAUCAAAUGUUAUGACUUCAAAGAUGUUAAUUUUUGAACUUUUAAACACCGUACAAAAUCGUAUCGAAAUCUGUGUGUAAAUUAUCUCAUUUAAGUGCCUUGUAAAUCCUCGAACAGUCUCUAAAACUUCUUUCAACAAAAGGUAAAUUCACCUUCCAAUCCCACCUACGAGCUACUGAGCUCACGUAUUCUUCAAUCUACAACAAACAAACUAAGUUUGGGUUCCUUUCAUUCCACUGUCCCUGCUAUCAUACCCGAGUCUAUAUCUCCUAACCUACUGAAAACGGGAGAGUUUCUCCGAGUAGAAUUUUACGAUAACCAUAGCAGGCUGUGCAAGCUGAGUAGGCUAAGAGUCCAUUUAGAGCGGACAGAGAAAAAAAAAAAACGUUCCAAAGGACGAAUUCGAAUAAAAUCCGCACUGAAAAAAGCGGACCAACAUAGAUUUCAGUUGCUGAAACGUCACACUCUCCGUAAGAGAUGAAGAAGAAGAAGAAAGGUAGUACAUAUUCAGAAUUUUAGGCAAACGAUAAAACAUAAGGUUAACAUUUUCCGAGAUACAAUUGAGAAACAUAGCAGUUAGUCUAGUGAGCAACUUUGAUAGCGUAUUCGAACCAAAUUGUUAUGCUGACUGCCUCUCCCUGUCGCAAGAUUGACACCGAGACGCGAAUAGAUAAACUACAGAGAUAACAAGCUGUAUUUUAGUUUCGGGUAACGAAUGUAGCACAACCCUUGACACAAGUUUUAUUAGAUUUUUUUUAUUAUACCUCAACGUAUUUUAUAGGAUGAAAAUCCAGAGCUGCAAGGUAACCCUGUAUAGCAAAGAAAACACUGGUUUCCAAAUCAUAGCCCACUCUCACACACAUACAGAACAUGACAAGAGUAACACAGAAACGAACCGAAUAGUGGCAGCAGGUCCAGCCAAGGUACAUACUGUAUGCUGGAACUAAAGGGAAGAUACCCUAAUUGUAAAAAGAUAACAGUUUUAUAGAAGAACGAAAUCAUCAUUUCUAUAAAUAAAUGAAGAAUCGAAUAAGAGUCUUGGUAAAAUUGCUUUAAAUAACGUAACUGAGGAAACUAAUCCCAUGGCACUGAGCGAUGAUUCAAAUGGUUUUGUGAGACUGCAACUGAAUGAUUGGUUAACUAGUUGACACUUCUCCUCUAUAUGGCUCUUACAUGAAUUUCAAAAGUUUCUCGACCUGAUGUCCAUUUAUUACGAAAAAACCUUCGACCAUCACAGAUGUGUUCCAAAGAAAAUCAUCGGCCUUAUUGAAGCCCAAUAUGAGGCAUUUUGUGCAAAGAACUGCACAACGAUGUCUUAUUUGUUCCCGUCCGGCUCGUCGAUGAAGUGAGGCAAGAUAACGUGCCUCUGGAGCCGUUAUGAUACAAUUGCUGGCCGUCAUCGCAAUCGACGAAAUCACGGCAUGCAAAAAGACAAGAAAGGCUAUGUAGCUAUGUAAACAUCAAUUUUGGUCGUAAACAUAUGACGUCAUUCUUAUCAUUCGUAUAAGGAUUAAAUUGAUGUGAAGCACUAGAUCGCUUUGUUCACGUCUUUGUACAAUUUGAAUUACGUCAUCAAAAAACUGUCAGUUUUCGGGAAUAUACCACCUUCUAAAUAAUGUAUACCGUGGACGAGCUCAUGGUAGGGACGAGGUUAGUUACUCGAGAGACCAUCAACACCCCCGGUGUACCUCAACAGCCUGUUGAGGAUGAUCCUCUCAAGCACCUUCUCCGCUGUGUCGAGCAAGCAUAUUGGUAUAUGUACCGACGGGUAUUGCUCGUCCAGACAUUUAUGCAUAGCAGACAUGAACAUACUUUCAAGCCAGGUUCGGAACUCCAUCCAAGCCUUAUCUAUGUUAAAGCUCCAGUCCCCAGCGGUGGAGCGGACCUGGUGUGAUGGUUAAAGCACGUGAUUAUCACGCCGAGGACCUGGGAUCGAAUCCCACUCCCGACAAACUAGCAAAAUGUGAGUUCUUCCUGCGGAAGGGAAGUAAAGCGUGGGUCCCGAGAUGAACUAGCCUUGGGCUAAAAAUCUCGUUAAUACAGAUAAAAAAAGUCCCCAGCGGUCCUAUGAAAGGAGGCAAAGAACUCGGAACAUGCUAUUGGAAGAGCCCCUCGAUAAUCCUCUCCUUCAUCUCCGGAGACUGCUUAGUGGGAGCCAUUACAUCUGCCUCGGCCAUCAUGGUCCUGUAGGUAUCACCCCACGGGUUUGUUUCUAUUUCCACUCUGACAGAGGCUUUUAUACCAAGCCGUUUGCUCACUCUUAUCCCAGUUUUGAGCGUGGGUAGGGCAGCCGUGAGCGACACUCGUCGUUUGUCCCGGUCCUCGCCCGUGUCUAGCCCGUUGCGGUGCAGGUUCUCAAUAGCUUGAGUCCAGUAAUACGCCGGAGGUCGAAUCGCAUGCACGAGAGAGCACCGCUACCGACUAGCCACUGCUUAGACCAAGUAUAUUUCACUCACGGCGGAGCACCUCCCUAAAUGACUCGUUGUUGAAAUAUAUUGGUCUUGGCCUAGUCUCCAUAGUCGCGUUGCCUGCACUAUAACUUGUAAGUGACGCUCUCUUGAAAGUCCGGCACCUUAGUUCUCCCCUCGGGUGCUAACUGUUUGUAGAUUUCCUAGGAAAAAAUAGCACUUGCGAGGGUUUGUGUAGGCUUGCGCGUUAUGGCCUGCACAUCCGUAUCACCAACUGAGCAUAAUAUUGUACAGCUUACUCUUGUUAUUUACAGUCCACCGAGCUGUAUCUAGGUUCAAUACUCCAGAAGCAAAUCUCCGGUGGAUCGUAGACUAGCAUGCAGAUAGCAUGCAGGUGGCACCAGUUUGAAUGCUCAUUACUCUCUGGUCAGCGAUUGUGAUAACUUAUAGAUUGGGUUUUCCUUCUCCAUCAGUUUCUUUGAUUUAACAUUGAUUUGUAAAAAGGCAACAACUUCCUAAAAAUAAUUGUUGCUAUCUUCAGAGGUUAUUUUCAACUUCUUGCAAACUUACUUUAUUGAACGAUGUGCACAGGCAAGCUUCCUUGAAAGCAUUUCCCUUGUAGAGCAAUUUUCCCUACGAAUAACUCCUCCAUGGAGCCACCAUAUAUUUUCAAGAGCCAGGAAAUCUCGUUCGCAGCUCUGUGUUCGUUAAAAGUAUUAUCACCGAAAAAUAUUUCGAGAUUCCGUCAUAAUUUGAUUCAAAGUUCACAGUUUUUAUCCAGUAACGAAGAACUGUAACGAGGGUUUAAAAUUGAUCUAAGAUCAUUUAGCUACUCCAAAUGCAAAUAGAAAAUUAAAGACAAAUCAUCAAAGCGGAAUUAAAUAAUUGCAAUCAGUAUGGCCCAGUGACAGUUCAAACAUGCCUUAAUUUUUAGGAUUCAAAUCUACGUACUCUUAAGCUUGGAAUACAUAGCUAACGUUUGCGUUGAAUUUUAUAGUUGGGAAAACUAUCACAUUUAACACAAGCGUAUGUACUACUCCCGCACUUCAUUUUUUUAAAUUCUCCCAUAAUCAACUGCUUCAUCGCUCAGUCCAUUCGGAAGGAAAAACUAGGUCGUUCCUGAAAUAAAAGAUGAGAUAUUGAUUAGUUUAAGUUUAUAAAUGUAGACAACUUAGGGGUACAUAAGCGGAAAAUUAAGUAAAAAAAAGCACAAAACCUAUCAUAGCCGGUAUUAUUCGGAAACAUGUAUAACACAGAUGCCAUUCUUCAACGACUCCGCAAAUAAACCAUCCGGUGCAAAAUCUCUUCCCUCUUCUAACAGCCAUAUUCAACAACCCCCGGCAGUUCUGCACUAAGAGUAAUUAGGAAACGAUUAACCGAUUAAAUAAAUCACUACUAUAAUGGAAGAGAGACAGAACUACUCUUGCUUCAGUUAUGGUUUCAGAUAAUGUUUGAAUGUGACAGCUCAACGAAUAACAAAGACCCGCAUUUAAGUUACUGACAUAUCUGUUGACUGAUGUAGCCCAAAUGCCAUGGGAACAUUCAGAAAUUGACCGGAAAAGCGUGAAUUUAUUGAAUUAUGUUUGUUCCUGUUUUCAAUUAUCCCAGGAGAGACUAAGGUUAACUCAAGCAUUUUCCAAUUUACGUUCUACAUGAGACUAUAUCAUUUGAACGCCUGAACUCAAAAUCGACGUAGUGUAGUAAUUUCGGGUGCCAUUAUGUUUCCCAACAAAUUCGAUAAAAGUAGCCUUAAACCUUUGAACUAGACAGUAAACAUAAUGGAAACAAAUUAUUCUGAAUGAUAUAUUACGAUGAAAGUUAAACUUUCAUCAGUACGUUAAACAUUUCUCAAAUUUUAAAAACACAUAUACAAAAUUUUAACUUAUUUAUAUAUGGAUCAAGUUGAAUUGGAUAUUAAAUAAACAAUUUCUGAUACGGCUGAUAUUUUUAAGAAAUGGAAAAUUACAUCGUUACACCUAAACUGAGUAAAGAAGUGACUAGUAGGUAUCAGUUCGGACGUUUGUUAUACAAAAUUAAUCAUGUGAAGAACUCGUUUACACUUUCGAUAAAAUCACGAUUCUAAAAUCAACGAGAAGAUUAAAAAUACGAAGUAGUUUUUAAAACAAACGCUCCGUUUAGCUGUUUUUUAUGAACCUCCAACUAGAAAUAUAGUCGACCCCCGUUUUUCCCACUAAGCAUCUAUUCCAUUUAUUUAGAAAUAACUUGCGAAAAAAAACUUUAAAUAUAAUGAAAUCAUAUUCUCAAACCAGUUCAAUCCAUUGUUGUAAACAAAACAAAGAACCUUCUUAAGAUUAAUAUUAAGACAUAAUCAGAAGAAGUAAAAUGUGGCUGACUACCAACAAACAAUGAAAACGAGCAUUCACAAUAAAUGGAAGGAAAUCAACAAAUGACCAAUUUCUUACGAAUGUUAUGAAACGAAAAAUCCACAAUUUUAUAUCCAAGUAUAUCGAAACGAUUAGGUUCCAUAUGGCAUUGAAUAACUACAAACUGUUCAUUUAAUUCUUAUCAUCACUAUGAGAAAACAAAUCCAGCUCUAGCAUCACAAAAAAAAAAACAGUGCAGCGAAGAAGAAAAAAGCAUACGGAGAGUAAUAACAAAAUUAUAGCGAAACAAUAAAGACAGAUUGACAUACUAUAGCAAACUAGAGGUAAUAUAAAUGUAAUACGGACAGAACAUGUCACAGCCAACUGUAAAUAUACUCCCACACUAGGCAAAACAAAACAAACGUCUACAUGACAAAAACCAACAAAAACGUCUACAUGACAAAUACAAACAACCCAUGUACUUAUCGAACUUUAGUUUAGUCCGUAACGUUAUUAUUUAGUUUAUUCAAUUGACUUUAUAUGCAUAAAAGUAGAAUGAAAAGCCUAUUGUAUAUACUGUUAUAUAGUUUUAAAUAAAAAAAGUAUUGAAAUUC